UGAGCAAACAAUCGCCCAGUGAACUUAAAACUGGCCGGAAACAUAUAGAUUUCAGCCAUGCUAGUCAUGCGUGAUCCAGUGUUUAUUUGGCCCUCUACCGACUAUUUAUUGCGAUCCCUGUCUUCAUCGAGGACGUUUGUUUUUUACGCAAGAUUAUUCUACAUAGCUGGUAUUAGCUAUUGUUUCAACGAAAGCUUUCGUGUCUUGAUGCCUCAUCGGUGGUAUUUGUGCUAUAGCUAUAAUGGCUGAGACGGCCGUCCCUCCUGAGAGCCGUAAGGGCUUCAAAUUGAACAACCCCGGCGCUGCUGAACUCAUGCAGCGGGCACAGGAAAGCGAUGCGGCAGACAGGCAAUUGACAGUGUUUCAAGCCUUAAAGAAAUACAAAAAGGCCGUAUUCUGGGCUAUGUUGUUGUCCACCAGUAUAAUCAUGGAAGGAUACGAUUUGGUCAUGAUUACUUCAUUUUUCGGCCAGACACAAUUCAAAGAGCGAUUUGGGGUUCUUGAUCCUGCUACUGGUCAAAAGUAUAUCACCGCCGCCUGGCAGUCGGGCCUGUCAAAUUCGUCACUUGUGGGCCAGCUUGCAGGGCUCUUGGUCAACGCAUACAGUCAGGAUCGAUUUGGUUGCCGGAUAACAAUGAUGCUGUUUAUGACCUGGAUGGCACUGGUGAUUUUUAUACCGGUCUUUGCACCGUCUUUGUCGGUCUUUGCUUUUGGAGAAGCACUAUGCGGCGUAUCGUGGGGUGUCUUUCAGACACUCUCCACCGCCUAUGCGUCCGAAGUCGUUCCCACCAUACUUAGACCGUACCUUACUGCUUACGUUUGUAUGUGCUGGGGUGCAGGUAUCCUUCUCUCAUCUGGCGUUGUUCAGGCAGUAGCAGGGAUCCAAAGCGAUAUGGGAUGGAGACUUCCUUUUAUCCUCCAAUGGAUCUGGCCUGUGCCACUAGCCAUAGCGGCUUACUUUGCCCCUGAGUCGCCCUGGAACGCAGUCAGGAGGGGUAAGAUCGAUAUGGCGAGGAAGAGCUUGAUGCAGCUGUAUCAGGACACACCCGACAAGGAACACAUUGUGGAUUCUACUCUCGCCUAUAUAAGAUACACCACAGAAUUAGAAGAUUCGGAAACAGCGGGGGCGAGUUUCCUGGAUUGCUUCCGUGGAACCAAUCUCAGACGGACAGAAAUUAAUUGCGUCGUUUGGGCAGCUCAAAUUCUCUGCGGCAAUGCUAUCCUCGCUUAUUCAGUCGUCUUUCUUGAAGCCGCCGGUUUCAGCGAAAUCCAAGCAUUCGAUGUCAACAUCUCCCUUUCCGCUUGCUACAUUGUCGGUGGCAUCAUUUGCUGGUUUCUCUUCCCUCACUUUGGGAGAGCGACGAUCUACAUGACAGGCUUGACAUGCAUGUUCUUCUGUCUCGUGACCAUAGGUGGUCUUGGAUGGGCCAGUGGGAAGAACGUUGAAAUGGCUAUUGGGAUCUUGCUAGUCAUUUCAACCCUUAUCAACAUGAUUGCUAUCGGUCCCACUUGUUACCCAAUUGUAGCAGAGACGCCCUCCGGAAGACUGAGGUAUAAGACGAUCGUCAUCGGGAGGUUUGUGUACAACCUCACCCAGAUAUUCCAGAACUGCAUUACCCCCCGAAUGCUGUCCGCAACAUCGUGGAAUUGGGGCGCAAAAGCUGCCCUCUUCUAUGCCGGCACCAACCUUCUCUGCAACAUCUGGUGCUGGUUCCGCUUACCAGAGACAAAAGACCGAUCUUUUGGUGAGAUUGAUCUGCUCUUUGAGAAUCGGAUCCCAGCCAGAAAGUUCAAGUCAACAAAAGUCGACCAGUUUAUGCAUCAGAGUAGCUCUAUUGCAAAGGCAGAAUCCGAACAUGUGGAGACCGUUAUCUGACAACAAUGUUUCAUAUUAUGCUCCUAGUUAUCCAUGAUGUUCCUGCGCGUGAGAAUGCUCUGUACAUAAUUACUGCUAUAUUAUAAUUUCCGCUGUCUUUCUCACAUACUCACCCUAUUUUGGACAUUUACCAACUUCUUUUCCUUCAUGUAGAUGCUACUAAUUGCGACAGAUCGUUCGUUCAGGCCACAGUCAUAACUCCAAUCUGAUUCUGCAUGCCAGACCAUUGAUGAACAGAAUAUCUCCACAUAUGCGCUCCAGGAAUCUAUACAUAAGUUAGACAUUGAUGCUAAAGUUUAUCUACCACGACCCGAGGAAAACACGUGGUGCUCAGCUUCAGCCGCGAACGACCGCGCGGGGG